AUGGCCCGAACCUCGUACCCGGAGUUUGAACCCGAAUCAUCACUAACCGGACCCUGCGCAGUUUCCGGCGACGAACUCGCCGGCCCUGGAUUCGGCGACCCGCUAGCCGGGAACAUCUUCGGCGGCGCCGCAUGCGUCUCCAGAGUCGGUGGGGUGGCUGCACUCGACGGAACUUUCGCCGCCGGCGGAGUUGCGGUCGGAGUCAAUGUCGGGGUUGGCACCGGCGGAGAUGAUGUCGGAGUUGAUACCGGCGGAGAAGAUGUCGGAGUUGAUACCGGCGGAGAAGAUGUCGGUGUCUGCACUGGGGGAGACGAUGACGGCGUUGGUAGCGGGGGAGACGAUUUCGUCGGAGACGGUGUCGGAGUGCUCACCGGCGUAGUCGCCGAAGAUGAAGACGGCGGCGGUGUAGAAACCGGAGCAGCACCGCCGGGCGACGGGGCAAGAGUCGGAGAAACGGUAUUGGGCGCUGGAGCGGCCGGAGAUUUAGCCGGGGAAGCCGCAGUCGGUGACGGGCUGGCGGCGGGCGGCGUGGAUGCUGGCGGAGUGGUGGUAGACGGCGGUGGAGAGGUGGGAGUGGCCGCCGGCGGUGAAAGAGUCGGGGAGAGGAGAGGAGUGGCCGCUGGAGAAGAAGCCGGAGGAGUGGGCGGAGGGGCAGACGCCGCCGGAGACUUGGGUGAGGAGGCAGGAGCAUUGGUGGGUGCUUGA